UUUACUCUAAAUUGAAAAAGGGAAAAGUUCAGACACGAAGGCGGGAAGGAAAGGAUUUUCACGCUUUCCGCAGAGCCCGGAGCACGGGAGGGCGACGGAGGCCGGCCAAUCGAGCAAGAUAACCCCAUAAAAGGCCGUCGCCAGCCUCUUUCUCGGGAGGAUAUUUUUUCUUUUUGGCGGGUUGGGAGGACUACUGUGUAGAACUUUCCAGAAGGAAGGAAAUCGUUAGGCAAGAAGCGAGAGCGAGUGAAAGAGUCACUCGUAAUCCGAUCGAGGCCAGUAACCGGAGGUUUUCCGGCGGCGUUCAGCGAAAAUGAAGAGGUCUGGGAGACUUGCAGCGCCGGGGGAGCAAAGGAGUUCACUGAUGCUUGACGAAAUUUGAUUGAAGCUCUGGUUCUGGAGGAUUCCGGCCAUUUUCAGCUGCGAAGAGAACUUCAGGUUGUCGAAGGAGGCGUGAUAGAACUAUGAGAGAAGGGAAAUCCACAGUCGGUGAAGGCAUAUGGAGUGGUAUUAUCUCAUGAUGGGUUGGCAAUGCUUGUCUAAGCUUUAUAAGACAAGUGGAAUCAGUACAAUAUAUGGUGCUCUAUUUUCUUUAAUGGCAAGGGCAUGUCGACCUGAAAAUUCUACAUAUGUUGAGAAGUUUCCUCAACCUUUUUCUGGAAAAAUUCAAUCUCUAAAGCCAACCUCAUUGUUGCAAGGUGUAUGGGGCUGUGGAAUGAUAGAAUAUGAGAAGAGGUCGUUCUUACUGAGAAAUAGGUCUGGGAACAUUGAAGACCCCUGUGGUUUUGAAGGCAAUUCCCUUUUCUCACGAAGAACCAUAAAGACAAUGUCUCAUCAAGUUGGAAAUGGUACUGAUAGAGAACUGCAGCUGAGUAGGGAUUUUUCUGUACAACUUUGGGUUUCAGAUAAGAAAAUGAAUGAGCCUGGUAUAAGCAGAAGAAGAAAACUAGGAAAGCAAAAGAAUUCAGGAGUUCUCUAUGUUGAUCAGAUAUCACUUCAACAUCUGGCAGAAAGAUGGUUUUAUGGUGAUUCUACCAUAAGAACGAAUUCUGAGCCCCAUAGGCAAGAUCCGCAGCAGCCGCCACCAAGCCAACCAGUUUCUAGUUUGCUGAAACUUGCAUCUCCCGAGGAGGCCCUUGUUGCACCUCUUCUUGCAAGGUCCAAUUUACUGAUAACAAGGGAUAUAGAAUGGGCAAACCUUGUACUUGGUUUCAAGCAGGAGCACCGCUAUGCAAUAGUGGAUGUCUGUUACCCUCAGUCUCCGGUAGGCUUUAUACGCGAACAGAGUAAUGUUGUCGUCAGACAGUUCCUUAGGCUGAGGCGUCCUUUUGUAGCAUAUAUAACUGAUGCCAUGGGUAACGAACUUUAUAGGGUUCGCAGGCCCUUUUGGUGGAUAACAAGCUCAAUCUAUGCCGAGGUUGAUGGUAAGGAAGUGGGUGUGGUUCAUCAAAGAUGGCACCUCUGGAAGAGGGUGUAUGAUUUGUACGUAGGGAACAAGCAGUUUGCAGUAGUGGAAAAUCCCGGCUUCUGGUUUUGGACCUUUACUUUGAAGGACAUAAAUGGUGAAGUUUUGGCUGAAAUAGAUCGCGCUUGGCGGGGCUUUGGUUUUGAGCUUUUUACUGAUGCUGGCCAGUAUGUUAUUCGAUUUGGGAGUUCAGAUCCCUUCUUAAUGACGGGUUGUGCUAGAAAAAUUCGGGAAUUAAAAGUCGUCCGUCCUUUAACCCUCUCAGAAAGGGCAGUGGCACUAGCUCUCGCUGUAUCACUGGAUAAUGAUUACUUCUCAAGGCAUGGAGAUUGGGGAAUUCCUUUCGCUGUCGGCGGUGAUUAGACCUUCAGUCACCACCGAAUGUGGAACCAAGAAGUUCGUAUCUGGCUGGGGUUGUUUAUAGUGUAGGUAUUCUUAGCAGGACUCUGGAGACUACUGUGCAGUCUUCAUCUGCUUACUGAUGCAUCAGCAUCUUCGUAGCAGCUCUCUCAUGUGGCCAUUUAUUUUGCCAAGAAUCGGGUUGAGCGUGAUGGAGCUCUUUGCUGCAUAGUUCAAGGCCAAAAUCACGUGACUAAGAAUUAGUUGCUGAUGACUGACGUAUAGCUUCCAUAUUCAGUAUACUGGAUGAGCAACUUGCAGAUCCAUUGUCAAUACAUUCGAUCGUUCAUUUGUUAAAAAGAUUGAGAAAACCAAAGAUUGUUCCCUUUAAUCUAGUUCAAUAUCAUGUUAUAGCUACUCAAAAAUGUGUGGGUUAGGGCGUUUUUGCCUUUUUUAAGGCAACACGUCUGUUCACGUUCCAUUUAAUUCUUAUGCAAAGAGAUAUGCUGUU